GCUGCCCAAUUCCUCGCAGGCAGCUCAUCCACGCACUUGCAGCUCCGGGGUAGAGCCCGGACCUGCACGCCUGGCUGUCUGUGGGUCCGUCUGCCCGGCCAUCUGCUGGUGGCACCUCUCUCUCCCGCAGCCUGCCCCCAGAGCCCCACCUUGCAGAAACACGGCGCGCCUCCACAGCCCGGGAGCUCAGCAUGCUUCCCGCAGGCUUCAGAAACGUCUUGCUGCUGGCGUCCUCCCUGCUCUUCGCGGGGCUGUCAGCUGUUCCUCAAAGCUUCUCGCCAUCUCUGAGAAUCGGGCCUGGUGCCGCUUGCAGGCUGUCCCGGGCCGAGUCGGAGCGCCGGUGCCGGGCGCCCGGGCAGCCCCCAGGGGGCGCUCUGUGCCACGGCCGGGGCCGGUGCGACUGCGGGGUCUGCAUCUGCCACGUGAGCGAGCCGGGCGUGUACUUCGGGCCCCUGUGUGAGUGCCACGAGUGGGUGUGCGAGACCUACGACGGGAGCACCUGCGCAGGCCAUGGUAAGUGUAACUGUGGCAAGUGUGAGUGUGAUGAAGGAUGGUCUGGGGAUGCUUGCCAGUACCCAACUCACUGUGAUCUGACCAAGAAAAAAAGUAACCAAAUGUGCAAGAAUUCUCAAGAUGUCAUCUGCUCUAAUGCAGGUACAUGUCACUGUGGCAGAUGUAAGUGUGAUAAUUCAGAUGGAAAUGGACUCGUUUAUGGUAAAUUUUGUGAGUGUGAUGAUAGAGAAUGCAUAGAUGACGAAACAGAAGAAAUAUGUGGAGGCCAUGGAAAGUGUUACUGUGGAAACUGUUACUGCGAGGCUGGUUGGCAUGGAGAUAAAUGUGAAUUCCAGUGUGAUAUCACCCCCUGGGAGAGCAAGCGAAGAUGCACAUCUCCAGAUGGCAAAAUCUGCAGUAACAGAGGGAUUUGUGUUUGUGGUGAAUGUUCUUGCCACGAUGUUGACCCGACUGGAGACUGGGGAGAUAUUCAUGGGGACACCUGUGAGUGUGACGAAAGGGACUGUAGAGCUGUCUAUGACAGAUAUUCUGAUGACUUCUGUUCAGGUCAUGGGCAGUGUAACUGUGGAAGAUGUGACUGCAAAGUAGGCUGGUAUGGGAAGAAGUGCGAGCACCCGAACUCCUGCCCGCUGUCAGCUGAGGAGAGCAUCAAGAAGUGCCAAGGGAGUUCCGAUCUGCCCUGCUCUGGAAGGGGUAAAUGUGAAUGUGGCAAAUGCACCUGUUACCCCCCGGGAGAUCGCAGGGUGUACGGCAGGACGUGUGAGUGUGACAACCGCCGCUGCGAAGACCUGGACGGGGUGAUCUGCGGAGGCCAUGGCACGUGUUCCUGUGGUCGCUGCGUUUGUGAGAAAGGAUGGUUCGGAAAGCUCUGCCAACAUCCGCGGAAGUGCAACAUGACAGAGGAACAAAGCAAGAGUUUGUGUGAAUCAGCAGAUGGCAUAUUGUGCUCUGGAAAGGGUUCUUGUCACUGUGGCAAGUGCAUUUGUUCUGCCGAAGAAUGGUAUAUUUCUGGAGAAUUCUGUGACUGUGAUGACAGGGACUGCGACAAACAUGAUGGUCUCAUUUGCACAGGGAAUGGAAUAUGUAGCUGUGGAAACUGUGAAUGCUGGGAUGGAUGGAAUGGAAAUGCAUGUGAAAUCUGGCUUGGCACAGAAUAUCCUUAACAAUUACAUGGGAGAGGACUGGAUUCUUAUUUUUCUAGGCCAUUAGAACAUGUAAAUGCAAAGGAAACCAUGUAUAAUCACCACCAGGACAGGUCAAAUAGACUAUUUUAUGUUUUUCUAUUUCUGAAUGCCUGAAUGAAUUCUGGAUACCCAUUAAAAAUACGUUAAGCAAACUGAUGUAAA